AUGGAGUUGGCGCUGGUCAGCGGCGUUGCGUUCCUGCUGCUGCUGACCAGCUCCGUCGCCGGGGCGCUGGUGCGCGGCCUCCUGCUGUCUGUAGUUGGCACGUAUGAAGGCGUCCACGUCGUCGUCCAGCUUUGCGAGGCUGCGACGUUUGGCUGGGGCCUCGUGGCGUUCAUGAGCUGGUUCUUCCACGUCCCCAAGCGCGACCUAGUGCGGAGACUCACAGGCUUUGGAGGCCGAGAAGGGAGGGCGUGCGCCGCGUCGGUACUGCUCCACUCUGCGGCGGCGGUGGCGGUGUUGAGCUGGCAGCCACCGAGUGAAGAAGGUCAAAUGACGUGGGCGGAGAUGCUCACGAACCUGCUGCUCGCGCCCAUGAAAGAGGAGUUGUUCUUCCGGGGGGUCUUCGCGCUCGUGGCUAUCAAUCGACUGCAGAGUGUCAAGUGGGGCGCCUCGAUCUCCAGCAUCUUGUUUGCUGUCAUCCACUUGGCCAACGCGCGGCACCUCGGCGCGCAGCUCUCAGCGAGUUAUUUGGUGUUUCAAGUGGCUUGGGCGUUGCUGGUGGGGCUCUUCCUGGCGCUGGAGCUUGCGGCGUCCGGAUCCCUUGUCGAGUGUGUCGUGCUGCACAUGAUCAACAAUUUGUUCGCACUGGGCGUGGCCAGGAAUGCUACCGUUGAUCUCACACAACCACAGGUGCUCACCUCGAUGCUCGCCUCGUUCACUAUUUACGCCGUGGCAAUCGCUAAACAACUGCAAGCGCUUGGACACAAAACACCGCGUGAUAAAGAGCUCUGA